AUGCUGCCUUUCGUGUUAUUACUGCUCGCCGCGCAGAGCGCAUUCGCCGCCCCUUCCAUAGCUGGAGUAACUUUCUACUCCACCAACGAACUGUCCUCCGCACCCGACAAUGGAAACGCUGUUAACAGUUAUGUCAUCACCGGACCCUUCGAGUACCUAGAUGGCGCUGACAUGCCUCUCUACGCUCAAAUGUUGAUCCAGAUCCUUGCUGACCUUGGCAACAGCGCUGACUCUGUCAGCCAGUCAUCAGCCCUCAUCCAGGCUGUUGCUGCUCUGGGAGAACUCGCUAAUGGCAUCCCUGGGGACUCCUGUGAAGCUGCUGGACUUAUCAACGCCUUCGCUUACGCUUCAAGCUCAGGCAACAACGCCGGCCUCAUCCCAGCUUUGGUAAACUUCGUGGAACGUCUUUCCAACCACAUCGACACUAUCUCCCAAUUGAUCGUCAACCCUAACGCCGUCCGUUACUCCGUCGGUCCUCGCGGAAGCUGCCUCGGAGGAGGUAGAACUUACCAAUUCGAAGAGACAUGGGAUGCUAUCAUGAACAGUGCCUCACCAGCUCAAAGCGCCCUCCUGAACGAAGAGUACUGUGUGGCCAGACGCAUGUACAAGGCGUUCAACGUUCGCAGCAACAACCUCGCCGCCGCCAUCACCGCGGCCAACAUCCCCUACGUCACUCAGCUGUCGCAGUUAGCUGCACCCCAGCUGAGUCAGUUCUUGCGCUUAGUAGCCAACGGAAAUAACCCCACCAGUGCUGCUGCAGCAACCAAGGUCAGCCUUCUCCAAGGACUCUCCAAGAUUCAAUACUAAACCCUCCCUAUAAUUUUCAUAUAUAUCAUGUAUAAAGAUACAGUCAUCUAUAUCUUUAUGAAAUUCUGUAUAUAACACUGAUGAAUCGAAAAAAUUAUUAUUUAUGUAUUUGUUAAUAAAAUUACACAAAUAAUGUAUAGUAUUGUAAAUAUAAG